AUGUUCAUUAAUCGUUGAUUAUUCUCCACCAACCACAAAGACAUCGGAACACUUUAUCUACUAUUCGGGGCCUGAGCAGGAAUAGUAGGUACAGCCUUAAGCAUUCUAAUCCGAGCAGAACUAGGUCAACCAGGAGCCCUAUUAGGUGAUGACCAAAUCUAUAAUGUAAUUGUAACCGCCCAUGCAUUCGUUAUAAUUUUCUUUAUAGUAAUACCUAUAAUAAUUGGAGGCUUUGGGAACUGAUUAGUCCCAUUAAUAAUCGGAGCCCCAGACAUAGCAUUCCCACGAAUAAAUAACAUAAGCUUUUGACUUCUACCGCCCUCAUUCCUUCUAUUACUAGCAUCAUCUAUAGUAGAAGCAGGAGCUGGUACAGGUUGAACCGUUUAUCCUCCUCUAGCUGGUAAUCUAGCACACGCUGGAGCAUCAGUAGACCUCACUAUUUUUUCCUUACACUUAGCAGGAGUAUCUUCAAUUCUAGGGGCUAUUAAUUUUAUCACAACUAUUAUUAACAUAAAACCCCCAGCCAUGACACAAUACCAAACACCACUAUUUGUAUGAUCUGUCCUUAUCACAGCCGUCCUAUUAUUACUAUCCCUCCCAGUCCUAGCUGCAGGAAUUACUAUACUACUUACCGACCGCAAUCUAAAUACAACCUUCUUCGACCCUGCUGGAGGAGGAGACCCGAUUCUAUAUCAACAUCUAUUUUGAUUCUUCGGCCAUCCUGAAGUUUAUAUUCUUAUUUUACCAGGAUUUGGAAUCAUCUCUCACAUUGUAACAUACUACUCAGGUAAAAAAGAACCAUUUGGUUAUAUAGGAAUAGUAUGAGCUAUAAUAUCAAUCGGAUUCCUAGGGUUUAUUGUAUGGGCCCAUCACAUAUUCACAGUAGGCUUAGACGUAGACACACGAGCCUACUUCACAUCCGCUACCAUAAUUAUUGCUAUCCCAACAGGAGUAAAAGUAUUCAGUUGAUUGGCUACUCUCCAUGGAGGAAAUAUUAAAUGAUCCCCAGCAAUACUAUGAGCCCUAGGAUUUAUUUUCCUAUUUACAGUAGGAGGCCUGACCGGAAUUGUACUGUCAAAUUCUUCUCUUGACAUCGUACUUCACGACACAUACUAUGUAGUAGCCCACUUCCACUAUGUACUUUCUAUAGGAGCUGUCUUUGCUAUUAUAGCAGGAUUUGUUCACUGAUUCCCACUAUUUACAGGUUAUACUAUUAACGAUAUAUGAGCUAAAACUCACUUUGCUAUCAUAUUUGUAGGAGUAAAUCUAACCUUUUUCCCACAACAUUUCCUAGGCUUAUCCGGAAUACCACGACGAUACUCCGAUUACCCAGACGCCUACACUACAUGAAACACAGUCUCUUCAAUAGGAUCAUUCAUCUCACUAACAGCUGUGUUAGUAAUAAUCUUUAUAAUCUGAGAAGCUUUCGCCUCUAAACGUGAAGUCCUAUCAGUAGAGUAUUCAUCAACAAACCUAGAAUGACUACACGGCUGCCCACCACCCUACCACACAUUCGAAGAACCUACCUACGUAAAAGUAAAAUAA